AUGAUUUCACCGUCGAGACCUAAUUCGAUUCCACCGGGAAAAUCUCUGUCGCCGAUGAAUUCACCGCCGAGACCUAACACGAUUCCAUCUGAUCAGCAUUCUUCGGCUCUUGAUCUGAGCGACAAAACUCAGUACGCACUUCAAUGUGAAGAAGAAAUAGCCACCGCUUCCUCCUUGGUAGAACCAGAAGAGGUUUGA